AUGAAAUCCAUCGCCGUGCUCUCGGCCCUCCUGGCCGGCGUCUCGGCCGUCGCCGUUCCGGGCGCGCCGACGACGGUCUCGUACGAAGGCUACAAGGUCUUCCGCGUGCAGGUCGGCACCAAGUCGCAGCAUGUGAACGAUGUCAUCGCCAAGCUCGGCCUCAGCACGUGGCAGCCGCCGUCGCGCAAGGGCGCCUUUGCCGACAUCGAGGUGCCGCCCAGCAAGCUCGCCGCUUUCCGGCGCGAGAUGAAGGGCAUGGACAUGGUCGCCAUGCACGAGGACCUGGGCUCGUCCAUCGCGGAUGAAGGCGCCUUCCAGACCUACGUCGGUGAGACGCCCCCCCCCCUCGUCGCGCGUCGGAUCGCGUCCAAGGUCGAUGCUGACGUCGCGUCGACAGAGGGUUCCCUCAACGGCACCUGGUUCAACUCGUACCACGCGUACAGCGACCAUCUGCAGUUCCUCCGCGACCUGCAGGCCAGCCACGCGAGCAACUCGGAGAUUGUGACGUCGGGCAACUCUCUCCAGGGCAAUGCCAUCACCGGCAUCCACUUCUGGGGCAGCAGCGGCAAGGCCAACAAGCCGGCCAUCGUCCUGCACGGCAACGUCCACGCCCGCGAGUGGAUCACAUCCAUGGUGGUCGAAUUCUUCGCCAACGCGCUCCUCGACGGCCUCAAGAGCGGCGGCGAGAUCCAGGCGCUCGUCGACAAGUACGACUUUUACUUCUUCCCCAUCGUCAACCCCGACGGCUUCCUGUACUCGCAGACGAGCGACCGGCUGUGGCGCAAGAACCGUCAGAAGUCGUCGGGGUCGAGCUGCGUCGGCCACGACAUCAACCGCAACUGGCCGUACAUGUGGGGGAAGCCCGGAGCGUCGAGCAACCCCUGCGCGCAGGACUAUCGCGGCAUGGGCCAGGGUGACGCCCCCGAGACCAAGGCGCUGUCCGACUUUCUCCUGAAGGUCAAGAAGAGCCAAGGGCUGAAGCUGUACAUCGACUACCACUCGUACUCGCAGCUGUUCAUGACGCCAUACGGCUACACCUGCGACGAGUUGCCCGCCAACAACGACGAGCUGCAGUCUCUCGCGAGCGGCGCCGUCGAGGCCAUCAAAUCGGUGCACGGCCUCAGCUUCGAGUACGGCCCCAUCUGCACGACCAUCUACCGCGCGUCCGGUAGCAGCGUCGACUAUGUCGCCGAGGUGGUCAAGGCUGACUACAGCUUCACGUCAGAGCUACGGGACAAGGGCCGGUACGGCUUCAUCCUGCCGGCCAACCAGAUCGUGCCCGCCGGCGAGGAGGCGCUCGCGGGCUUCAAGUAUCUGCUGGAGAAUAUGAAAUAG